AUGGGCUCUUCCGUCGAUAACAAAACGCCAACGGGCGAGAGCCUUGACCAGAGGUUGGAUGCCCUGGUAGAACAAUACAAGGCUGAGAAUCCAAAGUCCGCUGCCUAUCACCAACGCGCCCGCAAUGUCAUUCCGGGCGGCACCACACGAAGCGUGUUCAGCACUGAUCCGUUCCCCCUCACGCUGUCAGGCGGCCAGGGCUGCUUCGUGACGUCUGUCGACGGUCGCGAAUAUCUCGACUUUGUCUCCGAGUACAAUGCGGGCAUCUACGGCCACUCGCAUCCUGCCAUUCUCGAUGCCAUCGACCGUGCAGCCCAAGGCGGCUUCAACCUUGGCGGCCCCAACGAGCGCGAGGUCGAGUUGGCCGAGAAGCUGGUCAGCAGGUUUCCGAGCAUGGACACGAUACGCUUCUGCAACUCGGGCACAGAGGCCAACACCAUGGCCAUUGCCACUGCACUUCACUCGACGAAGCGGAAAAAGGUCAUGGUCUUCGAGAGAGGCUACCACGGCGGCACCCUCAUGUUCGCCGGCACCAACCCCCUGAACCUGCCGCAUGACUUUGUCAUGGGCGUCUACAACGACGCCGAGACGACGCGCGCGCGCUUGACACUCGAUAUCGGCGCCAUCCUCGUCGAGCCUAUGCUCGGCGCCGGCGGCAUGAUCCCGGCGACGCCCGCCUUUCUGCAAAUGCUCCGCGCCGAGGCGACGCGCAUCGGCGCCGUCCUCAUCUUCGACGAGAUCAUCACGUCCCGGCUCUUCUACGGCGGCCUGCAGGAGCACCUCGGCAUCACGCCCGACAUGACGACCAUCGGCAAGCACUUUGGCGGCGGCUUCUCCUUCGGCGCCUUCGGCGGGCGCAGCGACAUCAUGGCCCUGUUCGACCCCCGCGCCACGCCCGACCCGCUGCACCACUCGGGCACCUGGAACAACAACACAUUCUCCAUGACGGCCGGCUGCGUCGGCGCCGACCUGCUCUCGCGCGCGGCGCUCGAGCGCACGGCCGAGCUGGGGCGCCGUCUGCGGCAGGGCGUCGCCGGCGCGUUUGCGCGAAGGGGCGACGCCGUCGUCCGCGUGACGGGCGUCAGCAACGUCGCCGGCUUUGACUUUCUCGGCCCCGACGGGCCCCGGAUCCGCGCGGCGUUCUACUUUUUCAUGCUGCGGAGGGGCAUCCAUGUUGCGAGUCGGGGGUUCGUGUCGUUGAACAUUGUGCACCAGCAGGAGCACGUCGACCGGCUGGUGGCAGCUGUUGAGGAGUUUUGCCGAGAUGUGCUGUGA